UUUUAAUAAACAGAAACUUAUUAAUGUCUGAGCAAACUGAACGUGCUUUUCAGAAGCAACCAACUGUCUUUUCUUCUCACAAAACUUUUACAGGCAAAAAGACUUUUAAAGGGCGGUUCGUGCGUGAUGUUGGUUUGGGCUUUAAGGCGCCCAGAGAGGCCAUUGAAGGUACCUAUAUCGAUAAAAAGUGCCCAUUUACUGGCAACGUUUCGAUUCGGGGUCGAAUACUUAGCGGCGUGGUGGUGUCUUUGAAAAUGCAACGGACUUGUAUUAUUCGAAGAGAUUAUCUUCAUUAUGUUUCGAAGUACAACCGCUACGAAAAGAGGCAUACGAAUUUGGCCGCCCACUUGUCACCCGCCUUUAUUGAUAUUGCUGUUGGCGCUAAAGUGGUGGUUGGUCAGUGCCGCCCACUUUCGAAGACUGUCCGCUUUAAUGUUCUUCGCGUUAUUAAGCAACAAAAAAAAGGAUCAAAAAGAUUUGCAAAAUUUUAA